AUGCCAUCUAAUUAUUCAUCUCCAGACAAAGGUCAUCAAAAGCUCCUACUAUCAUCACGUGACUGGGAAACACUUCCCACUGAGCAGGAUCAAACACAUUUACCAACAGAAUAUUGGCAAAUUCAACGUCUAGGAAAAUAUCUGAAGUUAUUAAUGGAAAUAGUAGGAUCAAAUGAUGAUUCGUUACAAGAAAAUGCUGCCGGUUGCAUAUCGUAUAUUCGUCGAUUAGCAUUAGCAAAUAAAAAAUCAAAAUAUGGAUAA